UACUCACUUUGCAAAAUAGUAUAUAUACCAGAAUACAGCAAUGCAACAAACAUCAGUUACUGAAUACUCGAAAGAACAUUCAAACAACAUCCAAACAUGUCUCCGUUUAUUGUGAUCGCCGCCAUCUUGGCACUAAAUGGUGGAGUUUCCACCAACGCCCAAAAAGUCCCCGGCAUUGACGACGCCAUGGAGAAACAAAUCUGUGGAAUCGCCAAUCAAGUAACCGACGUAUUUGGUUAUGGCUACAUGCAGCCAUUCAUGAAUGACGCAGCAUUCAACAACAUGUUUACAGAAGACUUCAAAACAGAUUUAACAUUCGUCACCUCUGAGAAAUUCUACAUCUUCAUCAAGAACCUCAUGUACGACGUCUACCGCCAAAUGCGAGCCAACGUCAACCCACAAAUCGGCAAACAAACUUUCGACCAAAACAUGAGCGAAUAUCUACGAAGCGCUGAAGAACACCUUGAAAACAUCAUCGAUUCCAUCGAAAACAAAGGUCAACCACAAUAAAACCUGAAAAAACCACCAAAUAUCACACUUUAUUACUUAAAGUUUUAUACUUAAAUAAAUAUCUAGUUCAAGCAUUAA